AUGGUAAUGUUCGGUAUUCGUAAAAGAAAUGUCGUUUUAAACCUAAGCAUCUCUGGAUGCAACAAACUGCAUAGUCUGGUGAAUAAGUGGAUCUUGGUUACAAAUGUUAAUGUCAUUUAUACAUCUAAGAAAUCUGGAUACUUGGAGCUUGUAGGUGAACCACUACUCCUUGCUAGAACUGCCAUCCGUCCAAAGCUAACUUUUGAUGUUUUUCUUGUUGAUAAUGCCUUCCUUUUGUUAUAUAACAGGGACAAGUUUAAUGUGAGCGAUAUCUCUGUAGCUGGCUCUGUGUUUGCUGUUUCUGAGAUUGGAAAAAUCAAGAAAGACUUUGUAUUUUUUAUUGAACUCGUCAAAGGAAACCAGUCCGUUGUGAUUCUUGUGAAAAACCUACAUUUACACUGGCAGCAACUUGUGUGUGUUGGAGAAAGUUAUGUAUUCACUUCAUUAAAGCCAACAAAUAUUGUAACAGCUAUGAACUCACUGAUCCCUCUGUAUGUUCCAACCAAGAACUGUCAGCUGUAUAUAGCAAAUGAUUAUGAACUUUCAGUUUGUUCGUUAAAGGAAAUGUUGCACGAAAAUCUACAGUCACAGAAAUCUGUGAACCUGAAGAAUCCAACUUGUUCCAGACAUUCUGAUGCCAUUUCUUAUAAGGGUGAAAUAACAAGCUGUACUGCUGAUGGAGUUAUUAUUCUGAAAGACUCAAUUAGACUGUACUUGUUGUAUAAUUUGGCUUUUGUAAUUUACCAACAUUUUCGAGUUGGCACUGUACUCCAAGUUUCCAAUGUUCACCGAAAGUAUUUUGGGAAGGAAAACCAAGUGAGACUGUAUUGCUGUGCCAGAAGUUGUAUCAAAGUGCUGAAGUUUACUCAAAAGACUUCCAGUGUUUUGCCUUUAAGAACUUGUUCUUUCACCCUGAGGGCUACACUGAAAUUCAACCUUAGCCCCACUGAAAUAGACACUAUUCUACCAAUGGAAGCUCAGUUUAACAGAAUAUCUCAAUCUCUGUUCAAAAAAUCUUCAGAACAACAUAAAUUUGCUUGGGAAAGAAUUCUGUCUCAUGUCUUGAAGGCAUGCAAAUGUGUAAAGUCACGACAGUUUGUACAAGAGUUUAUUGAAUAUGAGCAUCGUUGUCCAGCUUCUGCUAAGGAAGAUGUCAGCCGUGUACAAACCAUUCAUGCACGGACUUUUGUUCCAUUGGACCUCAGAAAAGAAUCUGAAGAACUUGCUCAAGGAAUUCUUGCCUAUUUCAAAACAGAGAAGAAUAAAUUUUCAUCUUCAUUAUUGUCUUCAUGGAGGUUUAGGAGAAGAAAAUUCACAGAUAAAAUGCUUGUUGGUUAUUUAUCAUUAAACCCAGACACUGGCCAUCUUUGCUUCACUGACCAAUUCCACAGCAUCAAUGCAGUCUGCCAGUUUUGGACUUUCAACCAAACACCAUAUCAUCACCGUUGUUCCGGAAAUUGCGUAAUUAAGAGAAAUGAUGAAACGUUUAACUUCUCAUGUCCUUAUUUGCACACUUGGUGUCUAGGAAAAUUGAUUGCUCUGGACCGUUUCCAAUUAGUCUUGGAAGUAUUCAUAAAUAAUUCUACUGGCAUUAACAAAACCGAAACCACUUUGAGCUUAUUAGACAGCUCAAAAUUCAGACUUGUUAAAUAUCUGCAAUUUUCGUUGCAAGAUGCUGUCAUUAUGGAAGAUAUUUCUCGGUCAUCUUUUCAACACUGGAGGGAAAUUUCUAUUAAAACUAACGAGCUUCAAGCAACUUUUCCAGGUCGUGAUCUUUGCACCUGUCAAGUUUAUUUAAUGACUUACAAAGAAUCUUUGUUGGAAAACCUGUUUCAUAAGAGUAAGGUACCCUCAUUGCAAUUCAUGACCCAUGGAUAUUUCUUGGGGAAGCCAUUUACUCUGCCAGUUCGUUGUAUCUUUAAAGCGGCUAAUAAAUUCCUGCAUACUAAAGACAGCAAAUCUACUCAAGUGAGGGCAGGUUCCCUUGAUGAUAAGAUCUCAGAAACUCUGUUGGAUGCCAUACCCUAUGAGCAAACUGUCAUUUUCUUCCGAGACGAUGCCUCAAAAUGGUAUGAUACCAUGCAGACUGAAGGAAGCUGUUAUCUGCUGAUUUCAUAUGGAAGCACUUCUCUGUCCAGAACAUCUACAGUGUUCCAAUCUGUCUAUCCACAGGUUCUAACUAAAAAUGUAGAAAAAUGCUAUGUCUGCUUGUCAGAAAACAUAUUGGUGCAGGAAAUUCCUCUUGCACACUUGAACUCAUAUUAUGAAGCCAAGCUUAACUGGUUACCAGAGCUAUUAAAGAAACCAUCCCUUCAGUAUGACACUAUUGUGAAACCACCUUGUCUCUGUUCUGUGUCAGAUCUCCUUCGCUGUAGUGUCACCGAUACCAUAGUGAAUUUGUUGCCAGUUAUUAUUCUGACAUAUGUUGAAUCGGAUGCUGAUGACAAACUCUCAAUGAACUCUUCAGAGGAUGUUGCAGAAAAUAGCAAAUGUGAUCGGAAGGAAUUCAAUGCAAAUCUUGAUUUCUCCAGUUUUGUAAAUAAGAAAUUCAAGAUGACUGUGAGAGACACACAGACAAAUUCUGAUGUUAAUAUUUAUUUGAAUUUUAAGAAUGUCUCAUACUGUGUUGGUCUUUUGCCUGGUGCUGUGGUUGAAUUCCGUCAUCUCCAAAGAAAAGUUUCUAAGAAAGGCAAUGUCUAUUGUCAGUUCGUUGCCAUAUCAACAGUCCGGGUGUUAGCUGGUGGAAUUUCUGGUGGUCCAGAGCCUACAUCAGGAUGCUCGUUCAAUGACAUGGCUGUGAUGACAGGCAACCAAACAACUCCGACACAAGACUACUGUACAUUUUUUACCUUACUGAAAAUACACAACCGUUCACAUCCAUUUUGGAAUUUGGUCUUUGUGGCACGAGUUUUGUAUUUAUCUAUCAAGACUAGAUGCACAGAAUGUAGCAGUAUUUGUUGCAAGAACCACUGCACUAAUAUAAGCUGUAAAAAUACUGCAUAUCAGUUGACUGUUAGAUCAAAGUAA